UCUUCAACAUCAACAGCUAGUCAGACACCGUGGUAGCUUGCUGGUCAAAAUAGCCGAAAUAUUGAAGUUCUUUGGACUGUGUCGGUGUACAGCCACUGUGUAAUCAACACAAUUAUAUCGUAUAUACUUUUCAUUUCAUAUUUAAGUUGUUGUUAGUCAGCUAACUGAGUUGGCUUGAUAAAUUAGCCUAGCACUACGCUAAUGCUAGCUAGCUGUUAUCCCCGACCAUGAGCUCACUAAACUUCUCUCCUCCUGUUAAAGAAGAGGAUUUCUGCUGGACGGAGCAAGAAGCUCUGGGGCUGAACAUUAUCGUGAAAGAGGAGGAUGUCACAGUAAAUCAUAAAGUAGAGGGUGAGGCUGUUACAGUGAAAGAAGAAGAGAAAGACGUUUCAGUGAAGGAAGAGGAAGACGCAUUCAGAGUGAAAGAGGAGGAGGAUGUUACAGUGAAGGAAGAGGAAGACGCGUUCAGAGUGAAAGAGGAGGAGGAGGAUGUUACAGUAAAUCAUAAAGUAGAGGGUGAGGCUGUUACAGUGAAAGAAGAGGAAGAAGCGUUCAGAGUUAUACAGGAGGAGGAUGUUACUGUGAAAGAGGAGGAUGCAGUUUAUGGAGUGGAGGAGGAGGAUAUGGCUGUCACAUUGAAAAAGGAGGAGGAGGAAGAAGAGAAGGAAACUGGAUAUCUGGGCCCGGUUUCCCAAACGCAUCUUAAGGCAUCCAAUGGUUCUAACGGUGAACUUAGCCAUAAGAUGGUUUUGAGAAACCGGGCCCUGAUUAACAAAAGAGAGAGACGGGACUAUCGUGGAUCCUCUGGGGAGCCUCAACAACAUCAUGAUGCUGACGAGGCAGAGAAGAGUCUCUCCAGAUCAGAACACAUCAAGAAACACCUGCAGAGAUCCACAGGGAAGAAAUCUCACUGCUGCUCUGACUGUGGGAAGAGAUUCACCUCCUCAGCAGGCAUUAUAAUUCAUCAGAGAAUCCACACAGGAGAGAAACCUUUUAGCUGUGAUGAAUGUGGGAAGAGUUUUACUAAGUCUUGCAAUCUGACACGACACCAGAGAACACACACAGGAGAGAAACCUUAUACCUGUUAUCAAUGUGGGAAGAGUUUUGUUUCAUCUGGCCUUCUGACUGUACACCAGAGAAUACACACAGGAGAGAAACCUUAUAGCUGUAAUCAAUGUGGGAAGAGCUUUACUCAGCUAAGCAACCUGAUAACACACCAGAGAACACACACAGGCGAGAAAUCUCAUAGCUGUACUCAAUGUGGGAAGAGUUUUACUCAGCUAAGCAACCUGAUAACACACCAGAGAAAACACACAGGAGAGAAACCGUACAGCUGUGAUCAAUGUGGGAAGAGUUUUACUCAGCUAAGCAACCUGAUAACACACCAGAGAACACACACAGGUGAGAAACCGUACAGCUGUGAUCAAUGUGGGAAGAGUUUUACUCAGCUAAGCAGCCUGAUAAUACACCAGAGAACACACACAGGCGAGAAAUCUUAUAGCUGUACUCAAUGUGGGAAGAGUUUUAGCCAGUCAACCAGCCUGAUAUCACACCAGAGAACACACACAGGCGAUAAAUCUUAUAGCUGUACUCAAUGUGGGAAGAGUUUUAGCCAUUCAACCAGCCUGAUAUCACACCAGCGAAUACACACAGGAGAGAAACCUUAUAGCUGUAUUCAAUGUAGGAAGAGUUUUAGCCAUUCAACUAGCCUGACACGACACCAGAGAACACACACAGGAGAGAAACCGUAUAGCUGUGAUGAAUGUGGGAAGAGUUUUACGAAGUCUUGCAAUCUGUCACGACACCAGAGAACACACACAGGAGAGAAACCUUAUACCUGUUAUCAAUGUGGGAAGAGUUUUGUUUCAUCUGGCCUUCUGACUGUACACCAGAGAACACACACAGGAGAGAAACACUAUAGCUGUGGUAAAUGUGGGACGAGUUUUGUUCCAUCUGGCGAUCUGACAGUACACCAGAGAACACACAUAGGAGAGAAGUAUUUUAUCUGUAAUCAAUGUGGGAAGAGUUUUGUUCCAUCUGGUGAUCUGACAGUACACCAGGGAACACACACAGCAGAUAAGUCUUUUAGCUGUAAUCAAUGUGGGAAGAGUUUUUUUUCAUCUACUGGUCUGACAAUGCACCAGAGAACACACACAGGAGAGGAAUCUUUUAGCUGUGACCAGAGAUAAUCUGAUUAAAGAUAUCUGAUCAAAUAUUGCAAAAUACAUACAUGAAGGAGUUGAUUCAUGAUAUCAAUGAAAUAAUGUCACAAUGUAGAAUGUUUUAACAUUGUAGUAGGAAUAUUUUAACAAUGUCACAAUGUAGAAGCCUAAAUGUUUGCCCCCUUAUCAAUUGAUUUCAGCAUGAUAUGGAUAUCAGCCUCAGGGGAGGAGUACUAUUUAUGAGAUUUAACAAAAAGUGACUAACAAGAAAAGAGUUGUGUUCCACUUACCACGUUAGUGACCCACUUGAAUCAAAAUGCAACACUUCAGAAUGUAGCGAUCUGUUUUCUACAAGCUGUCCUCUAACCAGGGAUGUACACAUUAUUCCCAGGUUCUGUGUGGUUUUUGAGCUGUUAGUUUUAACAGGACGUGCAACCUCCUCUCGCACAAUUGAUUUCAACAUAAUAUCGAUGAGUGAUGACAAAUAAGUGUUGUGUUCCUUUGUUCAGCGACCCCUACAUUUAAAUGCAUCACUCCUUUAGUUGCUCCACCUUUUUGGUUUGCUUCCUGUCUUUAAGUUUAUUGUGGGUUUUUCUUUUGUUUGCCUCUUCUUGGGCAGAUUUAGUGGGUCUCAUGGUUGGUGUCUUUUAUGUCCCAGUUGUUGUUACUAGUCAACUUUCACUGGACACUGAGAGAAAAAUUGCAACAUUAUGUUAAAAUACUUUUAUUGCAUCAAAUGGUUGUUUUAUGCAACAGAAUAGAGGGUUCUUAGAACUAUUGUGUCUGUGUGUUCUACUGAGGAUGGGCCUCUGGGAGAAAACACUGACAGGAGAUUUACAAUGUCUUUUGGGUAAAAAAAACCUAAAGAGACCGCAUUCCAGAGCAUGAGUUAAUGUUUCUGUUCUAUAUGGAACCAGGGAGAGAUGACCCCAGGGCCAGACCCUGGUCUCUACACAAAGAGUACUGUUUUUACAGCAGAUACUGUCUGCUGAGAAUUAUAAGUAUCUUUCAUACAAAUCUUAACCUUGUGACCCGUUCUAUACAUCUGUUGUUCGUCAUGUAGGUUGAACGACCUUUGUACUUUUGUCUUGUCGCUCUCAACGAAUCAUCUGGGGGUGAUUUGUCAACCAGCCAUCAUCGUACAGCACUCAAUUGAUUAACUUUAUAUUUGCGUGUUGUAUUGACCUGCUCCCUUAUUAAUAA